GAGAGCUGCACGCGCUGCAGCGGUGGCGGCACUGUGCCUCCAGGAACGGCCGAGAGGAGCGGCAUAGCGCACGCAGCAGCGGCCCUUGCACGUUCCAUCGCGCGCCGCUGCUCCUGAGCGGUGGCGGAUCUUCUAGCGCGGACAUCUCGGCGGCAUCGCCGGCGCCGGGCGUCGUGCGACAUUCGCAGCCGGUCGCCGAGCCUUGUUCGCUUAUAAGCGCUCGCCGCGGAUGCAUCUAUCUCCCACACCCCAGCAACACCUCAACACUCCGCGAUGCAGCUCAGCAACUCGCUCCUCCAGCUCUCGCUCAUCCUCACCGCCGCUGCUUCGGCGGUGCAGGCGGCGCCCGGCCGCGGCAAGAACGGCCACGGCCAGAAGAGCGUCAUCCAGCUCAUCAGCGACGGCUUCGGCCCGGCGUCGGAGACGUUCGCCCGCAGCUUCGUCCACGCCCGCGACGGCCUGCCGUGGAACACGACGCUGCCGCUCGACCGCCACCUCGUCGGCACGAUCCGCACGCGCUCCACCGACUCCCUCGUGACCGACUCGGCCGCAUCAGCAACCGCCUACUCAUGCGCAGUCAAAAGUUUCAAUGCCGCCAUCGGCGUCGACGUCGACUCGAAGCCGUGCGGCACGGUGCUCGAGGCUGCGCACGAGCUCGGCUACUCGACGGGCCUCGUCACCACGAGCCGCAUCACGCAUGCCACGCCCGCCUCGUACGCCGCCCACACGCCCGACCGCGACGACGAGAACCUGAUUGCCGUGCACGAGCUCGGCGGCACCGUGCUCGGCCGCCGCGUGGACCUCAUGUGGGGCGGCGGCCGGCGCCACUUCCAGCCCAACACGACGACGGGCUCGUCGCGCAAGGACUCGCGCGACCUCAUCGGCGAGGCGCAGGCCGCCGGCUGGGCCGUCGCGCUCAACCGCUCCGCGUUCGACGCCUUCAACAACGGCAGCGCCGUCAAGAUGCCCUCGCUUGGCCUCUUUGCCAGCAGCCACAUGGCCUACGAGCUCGACCGCAACGCCACCGCCGAGCCCAGCCUCACCGAGAUGGCCAUCGCCGCGCUCAACGCCCUCGAGAAGGCCGGCAAGCCCUUCUUCAUCAUGAUCGAGGGCGCCCGCAUCGACCACGCCGCGCACAACAAUGACCCCAUCGGCCACAUCUACGACAUCUUGGAGUACAACAAGAUGUUCGAGGCCGUCACCGCAUGGGUCUCCAAGCGCGAAAGUGACGAUAUCGCGUUGAUCAGCACCAGCGACCAUGAAUGUGGUGGACUGACGUUGGCUGAGCAGCGCCCCGAGGACAGCGAGGCGCUCUACGGCUGGAUGCCGGACGUCUUAUUCGGAGCCAAGCACACCACCGAGUUCCUCGCCAACGAGUACGCGGCGUACGUCAAGAAGGCGAACCGCACGGACACGGAGCUGCGCGAGCAGAUGGUCCGCGAGAUCGAUCAGCUCGGCCUGAGCGACGUCCAGGACGACGAGGUCGACCGCGCAGUGCUCAUCGCCAAGAACGACAAGACGGGCUAUGCGCUGCCGGUCUUCCUCGCCUCGCUCGUCAACUGGCGUGCGCACCUUGGCUGGAGCACGACGGGUCACUCAGGGGUGGACGUCAACCUUUACGCUUACCAUGCCAACCCGAAGAAGCAGGCCUCGUACACCAAGGCGAUGCUCGGCAACCACGAGAACACCUGGAUCGGCCAGUGGACUGCGCAGCACCUCGGUCUCACCGCCAAGAUGGCCGAGCUUACGACGAAGCUCAACAACGGCACGCAGCACGUCGCCGGCUCCGGCUCGGCCAACAAGACGACGGUCAUCGACCGCUACCACGCCGGCACCAAGCACAUCCUGCCCGCCUACCAGCCGCCGGCCGCCAAGCGUGCUUGGGGCCUUUCGCAUGCGGAGAACGAUUUUGUGUUUGGCUCUGAGCGUCGGGCCGCGAUGGAGGAGCGCUCGCACGCCGCUGCCAAGCGCCAGGCGCACCGCGACCUCUGAGCCGCCGCGCUCCCACGCCAUGCCGUCUGCUCUCACGCCAUGCCGUCUGCUCCCGCGCCGUGCCCCUAGACCGCUCCGCACCGGCUGCCUCAGACACGCACGCAAU